CCUUGAAAGAACUAUGGAUGACGUGAUGCGACAUGGGUGUGACGGUGCCCAUUAUUGACUGGCCGGCAAUCGUGAAGGAAGGAUCUGAUUCUACUUACCAAAAACAAUCUAUCAAAUUUCCUUGAACAUACUCAUUAUCGUUUUUCGCAAGAGUAAAAAUGUCACAACAACAAUAUUAUCCGUUUAAAUGUACUCCUACCGUGUAUCCUGCGGAACCGUUCGACGCAAAUGCAGAUGCUUCGCUAUUGCGUAAAGCAAUGAAAGGUUUCGGCACGGAUGAAAAAACCAUUAUCGAUGUACUCACGAAGAGAGGAAUCGUUCAGCGACUAGAAGUUGCAGAAGCGUAUAAAACAUUAUACGGAAAGGAUCUAGUUAGCGAUCUGAAGAGCGAACUUACAGGGAAAUUGGAAGAUGUUAUAAUUGCUCUUAUGACACCGUUACCUCAUUAUUAUGCUAAGGAAUUGCACGACGCAGUCAGUGGACUGGGGACUGACGAGGAAGCAAUUGUAGAAAUUUUGUGUACCUUAAGUAAUUAUGGUAUACGUACGAUCGCAGCAUUUUAUGAAAACUUAUAUGGAAAAACUCUGGAAAGCGACUUAAAAGGAGACACAUCAGGACAUUUUAAGAGAUUACUGGUUUCGCUUGUUCAAGCGAACAGAGAUGAGAAUCAAAGUAUAGAUCAUGCUGAAGCUACAACAGACGCACAAGCUCUCUACGAUGCUGGUGAAAAACAGUGGGGCACGAAUGAAUCUCAGUUUAAUGCUAUUUUAAUAACGCGUAGUUAUCAACAGUUAAGGCAGACUUUUAUCGAAUAUGAAAAAAUAUCUGGACACGACAUUGAAGUUGCUAUUAAGAAAGAAUUUUCUGGAAAUCUCGAAAAAGGUCUCCUUGGGAUAGUGAAGUGUGUGAAAUCAAAAGUUGGUUUCUUUGCUGAACGUUUAUACGAUAGUAUGCAUGGUAUAGGAACAAAGGACAGAACGUUAAUACGUAUUAUCGUGUCUCGAAGUGAAAUCGAUUUAGGUGAUAUUAAAAAAGCUUUCGAAGAACGAUACGGGAAAUCGCUGGAAAGCUGGAUUGCUGGUGAUACGUCCGGAGAUUAUAAGAGAGCUCUCCUUUCGCUCGUUUCUACAUAAUUGGAAUGGAAUAUUCUAACAGGAAUUAUAAAGUUUGAAUAAUUUUUGUUGCAUGGUCGUAUUUAGUACAAAUUAUGGAAAACAUGCUUGUUCCACGUGCUUACAAGUGAAUUAAUUGAAUAUAUGGGUAUAAAGGAUUCUGCGGUUUAGUAUAUGUAUAUUUUACAUGAUUUUUGAAUCUCUACAGCACUGCAACUAUGUUAUAAUUUGCAUUUUAUAUUACG